CUCCCGCUUCUUCUGCCAUUCUUACACCUUGCCCAGUCUCGCGCCUGAUCGGUAGGCCCAGACGUCCUCGACCCCACUUUCCCCCCUCGAAAUGCUACUCUGAAGCGCCUACCAGGCCUCAAAGAAGCUCCAUCCAGCAUACGCGGCACCCUGAAUAGACCACCAUGGCCGACGUCGACGCCCCGGUCGUUGCAACGCAAAACGCUCCCAACGGCCACGCCGAGGAGCAUGCUACUCCAGCAGAUGAGGAGAAGCGCAUUGACUACCACGGAGCACCCUCCGCCGUUGAAUUAGCGGAGGAGGGAACGGUAUCACACGCAGAGGACUCCGUGUCCUCAAAGGAACUCCCGGAUCCUCCCACGCUUUCAGUUGAGACCCCGACGCUCAACCUGCCCAAUGGACAGGAAACUCCGCGCACAGCCGACUUCUUCGACCAUCGAAUGCAUGCAGAUGCUCGCUCGCGAACCGACUCCCAGUCCACCGCAGCGACCACCGCUACCAGACCCUCGACCCGCAGCUCUUUAGUAUUCGUUGUAACAGCGCUGGAGACAAUCUCUGCGUCCAAGGAUGCACGGAAGAACAAGAAGCUCGGGGACUCGACCGCUCAGGCGUUGGCUGCAAUCAAGAGCGAAGGCGACCCUUCACACAUCAACCCCGAAAUCCUCUUCGAGCCCCUCCAGCUCGCCUCCGAAGCCCACACUGUCUCGGUGUCUAUCACCGCCCUCGAUUGCAUUGGGAAGCUAAUUAGCUACUCCUACUUCUCCGUCCCUGCCGAUCCACACGCCCAAUCCUCCGACGCUCCGCCUUUGAUCGAAAGGGCUAUAGACACAAUAUGCGAUUGUUUUCAGGGGGAGGCGACACACCCGGACGUACAGCUGCAGAUUGUGAAGUCUCUGCUGGCAGCCAUUCUGAACGACAAGAUUGUUGUGCAUGGGGCAGGCCUCCUGAAGGCCGUGCGGCUUACCUACAAUAUAUUCCUGCUGUCCAAAUCUAGUGCAAACCAGCAGGUUGCGCAAGGAGCGCUCACUCAGAUGGUGGGAACUGUUUUUGAAAGAGUCAAGGGCAGGCUAUCAGCUAAGGAAGCUCGAGUAAAUGUCUCACAGGUAUCUCUGGACAACGGCAAAAGCGGAUCAGAUGAAAGCAUCCGGGAAGAGAUUGAAGGAAGCACAGUCGGCGUGGAUGGAUCUGAGGUCGCUGCGGAGGAAGACGAAGAUGAAGAAGAGACCCCCGAAGCUUCAGAAGCUGGAACACACGAACCCAGCGACAAGCCUGUGGAGAAGCAUACCGGCCCAAAGAUUACCUUACAGAGCUUUGAGAAUAACAUGAGCUUCAAUGACGACCGAAUCCAUGACAAUGCGCCCACCCUUGUCACUAGAAUCAAGGGACGAGCAACACCCAGAUCCAUAUCUGGACAAGAUGCAUCCCCGAACCCUCAGCAUGACGGCGAAGGCUCUGACGAAGAGGAAGAAGACGAAAUCUUCAUUCGAGAUGCAUACCUCGUGUUCCGCGCCAUGUGCAGACUCAGCACCAAAUCGCUCCAGGUGGAACACGCCGUGGAUAUCAAAUCUCAAGGAAUGCGGUCGAAACUGCUCUCCCUCCACAUAAUACACACCAUUCUCCACAACAACAUAGUCGUCUUUAUAUCACCAUAUGCCACGAUACGGAGUAGUAGCAGCGAUGAGCCGACGACCUUUGUGCAAGCCAUCAAGCAGUAUUUAUGCUUAAGUCUAAGCCGGAAUGGUGCUAGCUCUGUGAACCGGGUGUUCGAAGUCAGCUGUGAGAUCUUCUGGCUGAUGCUAAAAUACUUGCGGGUCAUGCUGAAGAAAGAGAUCGAGGUGUUCUUGAAAGAGAUCUACCUUGCCAUUCUUGAACGACGAACUGCAGCGGUCUUUCAGAAGCAGUACAUCUUGAUUGUUCUGGGAAGGCUCGCAGCAGAUCCUAGGGCGCUGGUCGAGAUAUAUCUCAACUACGACUGCGAUCGAACGGCCCUGGACAACAUGUACCAGAGGAUCGUAGAACAUCUUUCUAGGAUAUCUAGUACUCCUGUUGCGAUCACGCCGAUCCAACAACAAGCCUACCAAGAUCACCAUGGCAAGCAGUCAAAUCUGUCAGACUGGCAAGCUCGGGGCACACUUCCACCAGCACUCUCGACAGCGUCAAUGCAUUCCCCCCACGAAGUUGACCAAGGAUAUCCCUUAGAAUAUGCUAUGAAGCAGGAAUCACUCGAAGCUCUGGUCGAGAUUCUCCGCUCUCUUGUCAAUUGGUCCCAGCAAGGCGUCGCGGAAGCUACUGCAGCCCUUCGCGAGUCCGAGUCAAGGGCAUCUGUUGAUGACUUCCGGGAAUCGAUAGAUAACCGGACUACAGUAGACUCGCCACACCCUGGAUUUGACUCAGGCACAGCAACGCCGCUAGCUGAGGAUGACCCCAAUCAGUUAGAGAAAGUGAAGCAGCGAAAGACGGCUUUGACGAACGCUGUGAGGCUGUUCAAUUUCAAGCCUAAGCGAGGCAUGAAAGCGCUUUUGAAAGAUGGUUUCAUCAAGUCUGAAAAGCCAGAGGACGUUGCUCGCUUCCUACUUGACAACGACGCCAUUGACAAGGCAUCACUAGGCGAGUUCCUCGGCGAGGGCGAUGCAGCAAACAUAGCCAUCAUGCACGCGUUUGUAGACUACAUGGACUUUGCCAAGACACGAUUUGUGGAUGCUUUGAGGCGUUUCCUCCAGAGUUUCCGUCUUCCUGGAGAGGCCCAAAAGAUUGAUCGUUUCAUGCUUAAAUUUGCUGAGCGGUACAUCACUGGAAACCCUAAUGCCUUUGCUAACGCUGAUACCGCAUACGUACUCGCCUACUCUGUCAUCUUGUUAAACACCGAUCAGCAUAGCACAAAAAUGAAAGGACGCCGCAUGACACCCGAGGACUUCAUCAAGAACAACCGCGGUAUCAACGACAACGCCGACCUUCCAGAGGAAUAUCUUCUUGGGAUCUACGAUGAAAUUGCACACAACGAGAUCGUGUUGUACACUGAGAGAGCGGCCGCGGCGAACCAGGGCAUCGUAGUUCAGCCUACUGUCGGAAUUGCUGCAAAUAUUGGACAGGCAUUGGCGACUGUAGGGCGAGAUCUACAGCGAGAGGCUUAUGUACAAGCAUCAGAAGAGAUGGCGAACAAGACUGAACAGCUUUACAAGUCAUUACUACGAGCUCAACGGCGGACAGCAACGAAAAUGCCUGUGUCGAAGUUCAUUCCCGCGUCUUCUUUCAAACAUGUCGGUCCUAUGUUUGAAGUGACAUGGAUGCCAUUCCUUACAGCACUCUCAGGUCAAGCACAAGAGGGCCACAAUAUUGAAACCAUGAAGGCUAAGAACGUCGAGGCACUAAAAGUGCUCCUCGAAGUCGCGCACAACGAAGGAAACCACCUAAAAGAAUCCUGGCGAGAUAUCCUUACUUGUGUGUCACAGCUUGAUCGCUUCCAACUCAUCUCGACUGGUGUGGAUGAGAGGGCAAUCCCAGAUGUCCUAAAGGCACACAUGCAACCCCCAACGUCCCGAAAAUCCUUAACCGUGCCGAACCGACGCAGAGCUGCGCCUCAUAACAGCAACGUUCACUAUCAGGCCGAUAUUGCGGAGGAGAGCCGCUCCACAGACAUGAUACGAGCUGUCGAUCGAAUAUUCACAAACACUGCCAAUCUCUCGGGAGAGGCCAUCGUGGACUUCGUGAAAGCGUUAACGCAGGUCAGCUGGCAGGAGAUUGAGUCGUCUGGACAGAGUGAAUCACCACGUACCUACAGUUUGCAGAAACUAGUAGAAAUCAGCGGGUACAACAUGACUCGUGUUCGUUUUGAGUGGACGAAUAUUUGGCAAAUCCUUGGGGCUCACUUCAAUGAUGUUGGAUGUCAUACCAACACCAACGUGGUCUUCUUUGCUCUCAAUUCGCUGCGACAACUAUCCAUGCGCUUUAUGGAGAUUGAGGAACUUCCUGGUUUCAAAUUCCAGAAGGAUUUCCUUAAACCGUUCGAACACAUCAUUAGCAACACGACCGUCGUCCAGGUGAAGGACAUGGUCCUUCGUUGUUUGAUCCAGAUGAUCCAGGCUCGCGGUGAAAAUAUUCGUUCCGGUUGGAGAACAAUGUUUGGCGUCUUCACUGUUGCUGCUAGGGAACCAUACGUAGAGGGCAUCGUUAGCCUCGCUUUCGAGAAUAUCACUCAAGUGUAUAAUACCAGGUUUGGCGUUGUCAUCUCACAAGGAGCAUUUGCAGACUUGAUUGUCUGUUUGACAGAGUUCUCGAAGAACUACAAAUUCCAGAAGAAAUCGCUACAGGCCAUCGAAUUACUGAAGGCGUCAGUCCCGAAGAUGUUACGGACUCCAGAAUGUCCUCUCUCAGUUAGAGCUGGAUUCGUCAAGGACAGCGAACAAGGGUCUUCUAUUCCAAAGCAGCCUACCCGUCAAACCCAGGAGGAGCAAUUUUGGUUCCCGGUUCUCUUCGCCUUUCACGACGUGCUGAUGACCGGCGAGGAUCUUGAAGUUCGGUCUCGGUCGUUGAAUUACCUGUUCGAAACUCUCAUCGCCUAUGGUCACAACUUCCCACAAGACUUCUGGGAUAUGCUCUGGCGUCAACUUUUGUAUCCAAUCUUUAUGGUGCUGAAAUCAAAAUCCGAGAUGAACAAGGUUCUUAACCACGAAGAGCUGUCGGUCUGGCUGUCCACAACUAUGAUCCAGGCUCUGAGGAACAUGAUCAAACUCUUCACACAUUUCUUCGAGUCUCUCGAGUACAUGUUGGAUCGAUUCCUUGAUCUACUCGCGCUUUGCAUAUGUCAGGAGAAUGACACCCUUGCAAGGAUUGGGAGCAACUGCCUGCAGCAAUUAAUUCUACAGAAUGUGCAGAAAUUCCAACCAGAGCAUUGGCAUAAGAUUGUCAACGCGUUUGUAGAGCUGUUCAACAGGACGGAAGCAACUGCCCUUUUCUCAGCAGCUACAGCAUCAUCAUAUACACCGACUUCUUCGACACCUUCUAACGGGUAUCGCAACGCGUCACAGCCCAAGACGCCGACUGCUGAGGCAAACAUUACGGACCUACCGCUCUCUCAGACUCCGACUGAAGAGUCGCAAGACAAUGCUCUCGGCAUCAAUGGCCUCCCGACACCGCGUCGAUCCUCAGCCGUAUCGUCCGAAGCGUCAAUUACCACGCCCUCGGACACCCGUAUGCCGUCGCCCCUCCCCAAACGGCAAACUGCAGAGCUAGAAGACUACCGACCAGAUGACCACAAUCUCCAGCAAGCCCCGGUAGUUGUAACAGCCGCACGCCGUCGCUUCUUUAAUCAAAUAAUCACCAAAUGCGUUCUGCAGCUCCUCAUGAUCGAAACUGUGCAGGAGUUGUUCACCAACGACGCCGUCUACGAGAAGAUCCCGUCGGGCGAACUCCUCCGCCUCAUGGCAGUGCUCAAGAAAUCGUAUCAGUUCGCCAAACGCUUCAAUGCGGACCGUGACCUCCGCACGCGCCUCUUCCGCGAGGGCUUCAUGAAGCAGCCGCCAAAUCUGCUCAAGCAGGAAUCCGGCUCGGCGUCUGUAUACGUCAGCAUCCUCUUCCGUAUGUACCACGACACGUCAACCGAGCGGGCGGCCUCACGCGCCGAGACCGAGGCUGCGCUCGUGCCGCUGUGCGAAGACAUUGUCGCCAGCUACAUUGAACUCGAUGAGGAGACGCAACAGCGGAACAUCGUCACGUGGCGGCCUGUGGUGGUCACCGUACUAGACGGGUACACCGGAUUCCCGGAGCCGGAGUUCGAGAAGCAUGUCGAGGUGUUUGCACCACUGGUUGUAGGGCUAUUGGGGACGGAGAUGGUGGGAGAUGUGCAGCGGGUGGUGCAGGCGCUGGUGAUGCGCAUCUUUGAGGCGAAGCUGGGGAUUCCGCGCGUCCCACUCAUGACGCCAGUUGUAAGAAGUCCCCGGGGCAGUUUUAGUGGUGGGGUAGGAGUUAUGGGACAACAACAGAGAAGAGGAAGUAGGGGGAGGUAG